AUGAAUCACGAUUGCUCUCAAUGGAUUAAAACGAAUGAUCUGUUAAAGACAACAAUGAGUAGUAACAGCAACAGCAGCAGCGACAGCAACACAUUAUCCCAGACACAAUCCCACUGUAAUAGCAAACUAAUAAACCACUGUUUGUGUCAUCGAUACAAUCCACACCGAAGAAUAGCUGCUGUGUGUCACAGGGUGCUACAGUUAGCCCAAUUACUGAUAUUCUUCACACUUGCCAUAAAUUAUAGUGGAAACUGUGUAGUCAUAGCUGCACCCUCACACCAAAGUCAUCUGUCACAGACACAUCAUCCAGCCAUUGCACCCCUAUUGCUGCACAAUCCCAUAUUGGGAAAUUCUCUAAAUGCCAGCCGACUAGCGGCAGAACAGACAAAUAAAUUUUUGGAAAAUAAUUCGGUUCACGGUCAUAGCAGUCAUGCCGCACAUCAUGGUGAACAUGGCGGUGGUGUGAGAGCCUUGAAGAGAGCAGCGCUGUCAAAUCGCAAUAUUGUCUGUAACGAUGGAACGGCAAUGAGUUUUUAUUUGCGCAAAAAUCCGAAUUCUAAAAAAUGGAUUGUAUUUCUGGAGGGAGGAUGGCAUUGCUAUGAUGUCAAGACAUGCCGGGCGCGCUGGAAUCGUUUGAGGCAUUUGAUGACCUCUACCGAUUGGCCGGAGACCAGAGAUGUUGGUGGCAUCUUAUCUCCCCUACCCGAGGAAAAUCCCUAUUGGCAUAGUGCCAAUCAUGUUUUGGUACCCUAUUGCAGCAGUGAUUCCUGGUCUGGAACUAAUUCCACAAUUGAUUCGGCCGAAGUUUCCUUUCGUUUUAUGGGCGCCUUGAUUUUGAAACAAGUUAUUGCUGAUUUAAUACCCAUGGGUUUGGGUCGUGUACCUGGUGCUGAGCUGUUGUUGGUGGGCUCCUCGGCUGGCGGUUUGGGUGUUAUGUUAAAUUUGGAUCGUAUUGCCCAUUAUUUGCAAGUUGAACGCAAACUGCAAGUUACAGUGAGAGGUGUUAGCGAUUCGGGCUGGUUCUUGGAUCGUGAACCCUAUACACCUUCGGCAGUGGCCUCCAGUGAGGCGGUACGCCAAGGCUGGUCUCUCUGGAAGGGUUUGCUGCCCGAAGCAUGUGUGGAGCAAUAUAAAGCGGAACCAUGGAGAUGUUAUUUUGGCUAUAGACUAUAUCCCACCUUGAAAACUCCCCUCUUUGUAUUCCAAUGGUUGUUUGAUGAGGCCCAAAUGAGAGCAGAUAAUGUGGCAGCUCCAGUAACACCUCACCAAUGGAAUUAUAUACACGCCAUGGGUGGUGCUUUACGCUCAUCUCUGGACAAUGUAACCGCUGUAUUUGCUCCCUCGUGUAUUGGCCAUGCGGUGCUGUCAAAACGUGAAUGGUUAUCCUUGAAAAUCGAUGACAUCUCCUUACCCACUGCCCUCAGAUGUUGGGAGCAUUCAACAAGGCCCCGUAAGAAACGCCACGACAAACUAAAGCGUUCCACUGAGGCCACCAUCAACCACAAGAGAGAUCCCAAGAGACGUCACGAAAAACAACGUGAACAGAGGAAAAAACAAAAUCCCAAUAAUGUAGAACGAAAACGUUUAAACAAAGCCGAACGGGAAGAACGUAAACGGCUGCGACAUGAGCAGCAGAAACGACGUGAAGAAAGACGUAAUCGUCGCAAAAAUAACAUGGCCGAUCAGGGUAUGGUCGAUCAUGAAAGUAAUCUCACAAAUGCCAUACGCUUGAUUGAGAAUUCCACCGAUGUGCAGAAGCAUCAGCGGCGGGAACAAAAACGCAAACAAGAGAAGCAGCGUAGAAAGCACAAGAAACGCCAGAGGCGUAAGAAGGAACACAAUUCAACAGAUGUUGCAGAUCCGGAACGGGAAUUGCAAAAGGAGCAACCGAUUAUGGUGGUGGUGGAGAAACGUCAAAACAAUGCCUCGAAAAUAAAUCGUCGUAGUGGUGUACCCCGUGUGCCGGAAAGAUGUUCUUUACGUCUGCUGGAACGUUGCAGCUGGCCCCAAUGCAAUCACUCAUGUCCCACUCUCACAAAUCCUGUGACGGGGGAGGAAAUGCGAUUUCUCGAACUAUUGGCAUCCUUUGGUUUGGAUAUUGAAGCUGUGGCAACGGCUUUGGGUGUGGAUAUGCAAACUCUCAACAAUAUGGAUCGUACGGAAUUGGUAAAUCUACUAACACAGCAAGUCAGUUGA